GCAGGCCCGAGUCAGCCUAGUCCAUGCCCACGCGCUGCCUUUCGUCGUCGUCUCCUUCUUCAUCCCCAAGCCAAACCAAAUCCAGUCAAAAUCGAGACGACGAACCAAUCCAAGGCGAAGCAGAGCAGCAGGGCGACAAACCCCAUCUCAAGGAAGCUAUGGUCUGCGUGGCGUGCUUGAUUCCCAUCUUCCUGAUCCCCUUCGUCAACGCGCUCCCGUUCCUCUUCGAUCUGCUCCUGAGCAAGAUUUAUCGCAUGUUUGGGUGGGAAUACAGGAGACCUGAAAGAGCCCCCCCUGCUUGCCCGUUCAAGCCUGCAGCAAAUAAGACUGAAGGUGCAACAGGUGAAUCAAAACCUCUAGUGAACCCCCACGUUGCAAGUGAAUCAAAGCCUUUAGUGGAACCCCAAGGUGCAUCGACAGAAGGGAAGAAAGAUGAUUAACACAGUGUAAUACGCUCUUGAUUCGUGUUAAAACAAGAUCACUCUAACAAUUUCUGAUCGCAUCAUGACUAAGAAAUAAUGGUUGUAUGAAUGAAUAUUGGGAGAUGUGCAUUGCUGAAUGUUCCUCCUGAUCUCUUUCGAGCACGAGUCCUCUUUGUGUGUUACUCUGUAUGUUGUGUGUAUGCCCUGACUGACCUGUCCGUAGCGACAGUGGUAAACUAUUAUUCGCAAA